GUUGGUGAUCUAUUGUUAUGGUACGCUUAACCUCACAAUAACUAACCUGAACUAACCAAUAAAAUAUUUAAAAUAAUGAGAAUCACAUUUCUUAAAUUACUGGUGGAUAUUCAUGUUGUUUAAACUAGAUUCAAUAUGUUUUAUCACAUAUCAUUAGAGCAUGAAAUACUGCUUCAUCCCCAAUAUUUUGGUCCACAGUUACUGGAAAAAGUAAAAACUAAACUAUAUACAGAAGUGGAAGGAACAUGCACCGGCAAGUAUGGAUUUGUGAUAGCAGUAACAACAAUUGACAACAUUGGAGCUGGAUUAAUAUUACCUGGGCAAGGAUUUGUUGUAUAUCCUGUAAAAUAUAAAGCUAUUGUUUUUCGGCCUUUUAAAGGUGAAGUUUUGGAUGCAGUUGUUAGACAAGUUAAUAAGGUUGGAAUUUUUGCUGAAAUUGGGCCACUCUCGUGUUUUAUAUCACAUCAUUCUAUUCCUGCUGAAAUGGAAUUCUGUCCUAAUGUAAAUCCUCAAUGCUAUAAAACAAAAGAUGAAGAUGUAGUUAUACAUGCUGAAGGAGAAAUUAGAUUAAAAAUUGUUGGAACACGAGUGGAUGCAACAGGAAUUUUUGCAAUUGGGACUCUCAUGGACGAUUACCUUGGUCUUAUAAGUAAUUAACAUUGUAAUGUAACCAUAUGUAGAUUUAAUUGGACAGUAAUUUAAAAAAUUUUUAAUGUGGUAUCUACAUUGGGGCAUUUUCUUACUUUUAUAAAUUUAUUAUAACUAAGAUGUAAGUGUAAGAAUAAAAUUAUAGAAAUUGUAAU